UGUGCCCUUGGAUUGAUCAAGCGAGGCACAUAUAUGGCGUGUAAUGGCCACAGGGUGUUGGGAAAUGCCUUCUGCCUGGGAAGCUGUUGAGGGUUGUCAGGGGCACUUCCCCCGCACAGUGGGGCUUGGCGCUAGGCUUCUGUGGCUACUCUUCCUCAAGAUAAGGAGAGGCCAGAAAUGGGACUAAGCGCCCUGAAGCCAAGAUGCUCCAAGUCUGAGUCACAGGCCAAGGCUGAGUCGCCAACGCAGACCUCUCGAAGGCCAUGGUGGUCCUAGAACCUGAAUGGAACAGGGUACUCGUUUCGGACAGUGUGAUUCUGAGGUGCCAGGGGGCCUACCCCCCUGGGGACAAUUCCGCACAGUGGUGGCACAACGAGAGCGUCAUCCCCCAUCGGGCCCCCAGCUACUCCAUCGAAGCUGCCAGAAGUGAAGACAGUGGCGAGUAUAAGUGCCAGACGGGCCUCUCCGAAGCCAGCGACCCGGUGCAGCUUGAAGUGCACACUGGCUGGCUGCUGCUUCAAGCCCCUCGCUGGGUGUUCCAGGAGGGAGACACCAUCCAGCUGAGGUGCCACAGCUGGAAGAACAGGAUGGUACAGAAGGUUCAAUAUUUCCAGGACGGAAGGGGCAAGAUGUUUUUUCAUAAGAAUUCCGACUUCUACAUUCCAAAAGCAACGAGCAAACACAGUGGCUCCUACUUCUGCAGGGGGCUUAUCGGGAAUAAAAAUGAGUCAUCAGAGGCUGUGAACAUCACGGUUCAAGGUCCGCCAGUUCCUUCCACCUCAACGUUCCUUCCACAUUGGUACCAAAUCGCUUUCUUCCUGGUGACAGCACUCCUAUUCGUAGUGGACACAGGUCUGCAUGUGGCUGUGCAGAGAGACCUUCAGAGCUCCGUGAAGGAGUGGAAGGACGGCAAAGUCACGUGGAGCCAGGGCCCAUAGGACAAACCGGGGCAAUAAAAUCGGCACCCCCGAACCUCUCUCUGGAUUCACAACCUCAUCGUCCUCAACAGGCAGCUCUGGGGGCAGCGUCCAGGCUGAGGGUCCCUCACCCUACUCCAUUUUCUCUCGGUCUCCGCUGGGAAGGCAGGGCUGGCGACCUUCAGGUGCCCACAGUGAUGCCCCAGUGAGUAGCUGCAUCCCUCAGAACUGAAGUCUCAGAGCCACACAGAUGCUCUCUCUGCACGACUGCCCUGUCACAGCAAUGCGACAAUGCAGAAUCUGGAUGGUGACCCAACAUGCAAACGUUGCUCUUAAAUAACCGAAUAGGUAGGUAAGAGAAUUAUGGCCGAGGGCCAGCUGGCUGAUGGUCUACAUUUGUUGUGAGGCACACUAAAACUCCUUCCAGACAGAUCGUGGGGGCUGUGGAGGGUCUAGGGGAGACGGCAGAACCAGUGAAGCGGGUGACGGAGAAAGAGCACGGCAGUCCAGGACAGAUCAGAGAAGACCCCUGUCUUCCUAGGAUAUGAGCCAUGGUGUGGGUGGCAGAAAGAUCACAGGGGUGGUAUAGAAUUGAGUUUUUCAGGGGGGCCCAUGCCAGAAUUGGGAUGGUCUGUGGGUAUAUAAUGAUGGACCCUCUUGAUGUCAUGAGUCGAAGAUGGUCCUGGAAGGAGGUUGGGGAUUGGAGGGUGUUGGAAAAGAAAGCACAGAACAAUCCCUACGUCCGCAGGAAGGAGGGCAGCAUGACUGUCCCAGAUUGAGCUCAGUGAACAGAGCUAUCUCGGGUCUGAACGGAGAAAACAUGGCAGGAAAGAGUCCACUAUAGCUGCUCAGGAGGCAGGACACUUGGCCAGGAUAAGCCACAGUCAGAGAGAGGAGAGGCAGGGAACAGCGAACCAGCUUUCUGCUUCAGUAUCUAAUUCAGGUGCAGUUUUGUUUACAUCACUCACCAAACAAACCUUGGCUAAGUGACUCUAUGCACUCAGGUCUGCUGAGUUAAGCUAGGACAGUUGGAAAUCCCUCCGCCUGUCAGUGACAAUGAGUAAGGGUGGGGUCACCAGCAUUGCUUGUGGAAGAAAGCUUAGCGAUCUUAUUUCUUUGUACAAGCUUUAAGCACAUUUCUUGAUUCCAAUAAAGCAUUUUGCAAGA